GGUCUCGCCGUGCAUCGUCUGCAGGGAAGCGCUGUGGAUGAAAAGUAAACAUUUAAUUUUCAUCAAUAUUUGAGCUUCUGUGGUUGUUUAUUGAUGCAGGUUGACCUCAGUAAUGGAUGUCGAGUCGAAUGUCCGUCAGUUUAAGGAUUUCCUGUAUCUCUACAACAGCAUAUCAGAGAAAUGUUUUAAUCUGUGUGUAACAGCCUUCAAUAAGCGUGACCUUGAACACGAAGAGGCUAGCUGUGUAGAUCGAUGUGUAGGCAAACAGGUCAGUGUGAACCACAAGGUUAUGUCCGUGUAUGCAGAGCUUCAACCUGUCUACCUCCAGAAACGCCUUGAUGAGAUGAACAAGCAAGCUGAAGCGCAGAUGCAGGCUCAGAUUCAAGAGGAGCAGCAGCAGCAAUUACAACAAGACUCCCAGCAGUAAGACAGUAAAGGACAGUUCAUUAUGGCUUUUUUUUCUGGUGCGCUAUCCCGAAGUGUGAGACUGGGUUUCUCUCGUGCCUUUUCUGCUUCGAGAAUCCCGUCCCAAUUGCGAGAACUAAGAAGAGUGUAUAUCCUUGGUGCAGCAAAGCACAAUUUUCACAGUAGUGCGCUGAACAGGUUCUGUGCAAAAGACAUUCCAGAACAGUCUGAUGAUAGAAACCAACAGGCUGUAGGGAAGAUUGACCCGAAGUUCCAGUUAGUGUACACAUGCAAGGUGUGUAAUACAAGACAGUCUAAGAUAAUCUCUCAGCUUGCUUAUAAAAAAGGUGUCGUAAUUGUCACGUGUGAAGGCUGUGCCAAACACCAUUUAGUGGCUGAUAAUCUUGGUUGGUUUUCGGAUUUGGACGGAAAGAAAAACAUUGAAGAUAUAUUGGCAGCAAAAGGGGAGGCAGUGCGGCGUGGCAUGACAGGCUUAGGCCUGGAGCAAAAUGAGCAAGUUAAUCCCAGACAGAAUAACAUUGAAGAAGAGGAAGAAGCCAGGGCACAAGCAGCUUGGGGUUCUGUGCAAGAAACUCUGAAGAUGAUGGCUCAAGAUGAUGAUAAAAUAUCCACAAGCAAUUCUAGUGAGAGGGAUGAGAAAAAGUAGUGGUGUGUGGUGAUUAAAGUUUUAAAGUAUUUAGUAGUACUAAUAAUAAUGGCAAGAAGGGUAUCACUAGUGGCCUUUGUAGGUCUUCCAGGUGCAGGGAAAUCAAGUCUGUGCAAGGAAUUAUUUGAGAG